AUGGAAUCUACUACAAUACGUUCGCGACCUAAACCGGCUCAUGAGGAACAUCAAUAUCUCGAUUUAAUUCGCUAUAUUUUAAAGAAUGGCGAACGUCGACAAGAUCGCACAGGCACAGGGACAAUAUCUAUCUUCGCUCCACCUCAACUUCGAUUCUCUUUGAAAGACAACAUAUUCCCAUUGCUGACCACAAAACGCGUAUUUUUACGUGGUGUUUUGGAAGAACUGCUUUGGUUUAUAAAAGGCGAUACAAAUUCUCGCCAUUUGACAGAGAGAGGCAUUCAUAUAUGGGAUGGGAACGGUUCGCGUGAGUUUCUAGAUCGAGUUGGACUGUCGCAUAGGAAAGAAGGAGACUUGGGACCAAUAUACGGAUUCCAAUGGCGGCACUUUGGAGCUCAAUAUGUCGAUUGCGAUACAGAUUACACUGGACAAGGCUUUGAUCAAUUAAGCGACGUUAUUGACAAGAUUAAAAACAACCCUUACGAUAGGAGAAUAAUUAUGAGUGCUUGGAAUCCAGCAGAUUUGAGUAAGAUGGCAUUGCCACCCUGUCAUAUGUUUUGUCAAUUCUACGUAUCGAAGGUAUCCUCUCCACCGUCUCUAUCUUGCUUAUUAUAUCAGCGUUCAUGUGAUAUGGGUCUUGGUGUACCCUUUAACAUAGCAAGCUAUGCGUUACUUACUCGUAUGAUUGCUCACGUAACCGGACUAGUUCCGGGAGAGCUCAUCCAUACAAUGGGCGAUGCACAUGUUUAUCUUGAUCACAUAGAAGCGCUUGAGAUACAGUUACAGAGAGAACCACGACAAUUUCCAAGAUUAGAGAUAGUGCGCCAGGUAGAAGAUAUUGACAGUUUUAAGUUCGAGGAUUUCAAAAUUAUAGGUUAUAGUCCGCAUGAUAAAAUAGAGAUGAAAAUGUCGGUAUAA